UUAUGAAGAGCGCAUUUCUGCUCUGGGGAUCAUAGUCAGUUCAAGCUGAAGGCGAGUGAGUGUAAAAUGCUGCGCACAGUUUUAUCCAGAGCGGUCCCUCAAGUUUGUCGUAUCUCAUCAUGUCAACAUUCAACGAUUCCUGCACCGAACGUUCAGCCAGACGUGCAUUAUAACAAGAUUUUCAUUAAUAAUGAGUGGCAUGAUGCUGUAAGCAAGAAGACCUUUCCAACCAUCAAUCCUGCUACUGGAGAAAUUAUCUGCCACGUUGCGGAGGGGGAUAAGGCGGAUGUGGAUAAAGCGGUGAAGGCUGCCAGAGAUGCCUUUAAGCUGGGCUCUCCCUGGCGCCGCAUGGAUGCGUCUCAGCGUGGGCUGCUGUUGAGCAGAUUAGCAGACUGCAUAGAGAGAGAUGCUGCCUAUUUAGCUGAACUGGAGACUCUUGACAAUGGAAAGCCAUACGCAGUCUCCUUCAGUGUGGACGUGCCCAUGGUGGUCAAAUGCAUGAGGUAUUAUGCUGGCUGGGCAGACAAAUGGGAGGGUAAAACCAUCCCAAUUGAUGGCAAUUACUUUUGCUACACAAGACAUGAGCCCAUUGGAGUCUGUGGCCAGAUUAUCCCCUGGAAUUUCCCUCUAUUGAUGCAGGCUUGGAAGCUGGGUCCGGCUCUGGCCACUGGAAACACAGUGGUGAUGAAGGUGGCAGAGCAGACGCCGCUCUCUGCACUCUAUAUCGCCAGUUUGAUCAAAGAGGUUGGUUUUCCUGCUGGUGUUGUCAACAUUGUCCCAGGAAUGGGUCCCACAGCAGGAGCAGCCAUUGCUUCUCACAUGGAUGUGGACAAAGUGGCAUUCACCGGCUCCACUGAUGUUGGUCACCUGAUCCAGCGAGCCUCGAGUGCCAGCAAUUUGAAGAAAGUCACACUGGAGCUCGGAGGAAAGAGCCCGAACAUCAUCCUGUCAGACGCUAACAUGGAAGAAGCAGUGGAGCAGUCCCAUAUUGCUCUGUUCUUCAACCAAGGGCAGUGUUGUUGCGCAGGCACUCGCACUUUUGUACAGGAGAGCAUCUACGAUGAGUUUGUGGAGCGAAGUGUGGAGAGAGCAAAGAAUAGGAUUGUGGGAGAUCCCUUUGACUUGAACACGGAGCAGGGACCGCAGGUGAAUGAGGAUCAGUUCAAGAAGAUUCUGGGCUACAUCAGCAGCGGGAAGCAGGAAGGAGCCAAGCUGAUGUGUGGAGGAGCUCCAGCUGCCGAGCGCGGAUACUUCAUUCAGCCCACAGUCUUUGGAGAUGUAAAGGAUGACAUGAAAAUCGCUCGCGAGGAGAUCUUUGGGCCUGUAAUGCAAAUUCUGAAGUUCAAAUCUUUGGAGGAAGUGAUUGAGAGAGCCAACGACAGCAAAUAUGGCCUUGCGGGUGCUGUUUUCACCCAAGACAUCGACAAGGCCAACUACAUUUCCCACGGGCUGCGUGCUGGGACUGUGUGGAUUAACUGCUAUAACGUGUUCGGAGUUCAGGCUCCGUUUGGAGGCUACAAAGCGUCAGGAAUUGGCCGUGAGAUGGGCGAGUAUGGACUGGAGAACUACACUGAGGUCAAAACGGUUACCAUUAAAGUUCCUCAGAAGAACUCCUAAAUGGAGCACGCCUCAGUUCAUGAAUGUAAAGAAGCUGCCGUCUGAUCAAGAGUUUUCCCUCAGCAUUAUUGAAAUGUUCAUUUACUUUUGUGUUAAUGGAGAAUUGAGUAAAAAUAUUUGAUAAACUGUUUUAUAAAAGCAAAUAACGUCAGUGAUUUGAUCAGUUUAUCACAUGCUGAUGAUUUUAUGGGAAUCAUCGACCCAAAAUAAAGAGAGGAAAUCUAUAUUUGGCUGAUUUCAUUGUUUAAUUCAAGCUUUAUAUCGACUGCAUUACCACAGUUAUUUACAUGUAUGAGCUGAUUUCUAUAAUAAAUGCUUAUUUUUAAAAUGAA